CAACCUGAGUUCAAGGUCACCCUUGCUACCAUAUUCCAUAUGGUACCGUGUCGGUUCUCUUCGGUUCAGCCCCUAUAUGAUCAAACCAAGUCAAUACGGGUAAUUAGACCGGGUUUAGAAAGCAGGGUAUCACACUAAUGUUGUGCCACAGCAUAAUGUGCAUUUUCAGGUACUUAUUUUAUGGCUUUGCCUCAUAAUAGUUGAUUUCCCCAACUAUAUUUGUUUUGUCCUUGCCUGAGUUUAUGAUAAGGUGAUCAUUGUGCUAUUUAUUUUUUUUUCCAGUUACAGUACAUUUUACGUUGAAGGGGGUAUUGUUUUGAAAGCCACAAGGUUUUCAGGAAUAAAAAAGGAUCUUGCCCUUGUUUUUAUAUUUAGUUCCCCCCCCCCCCCCAACCCAACCCCAACCAAAGAUGAAGCAAUAGUAUGGUCUUCAAACGUAUGAAAUCAAGUGUCUAUCUUGAUGAGGUUUCUGGUUAUUAAGGAUAACAUAUUGGUAUGAUUGUUGUGGAGCAACUUUCCUGUGCCUCAUGGAGGACUCUCCAUAACACAUUUAACUCUUGACCAUCCGAAUCAGAUCCCAAUUCAAAACCAUUCAGUUCCCUUGAUACGCACAAGUCUCCUUACGUGCUUGCACAUGAAAGUCUUAGGCCUUCAGGUUUUGUCUUUUCUUUUUGGUAAAUAGAUCUUUUCAUUUUAUGGACAAUUUUCUGUGUAACUAUCCUGGAAGACAUAAGGCUUAUCUUUUCAGAUUCUCUAUUUAGAAUUCACUGGUAAUAAUCUACUCUGACUUGCUACUUGCUAUAUAUAUAUAUAUAUAUAUAUUUUAAUUUGAAAUGUGUGGAAGGUCAAAAGAUCUUGAGGGUUUUGGGUUUAAGUGCAAGACCAAAUGCUGUAGAUGCUAUUUUUGAGUAUGCUCCAAAUUGUUUUUUGGAUUUUAUUACUUAGAGUAGCCGUUUUUUUCCUCUUGGAAUAUACUUACCCAAGUUGCCUAGGCAAUCCAACUAUACAUCAUUAUCUCAGCAAAUGAAUGUUCUUUCUAGUUUCUCCAUGGUGAAACUUUCUGAUUUGCGUAUAUUUCCCCAUAUGAAAGAAUAAAGAUUAUGCUAGCACUUUCAUUUGAUCUAGUUUGUGUUCUGGAACUUCUGACUUGUUUCAAUAUACCUGAAAUGUGUCACUUACCCCCUAAAUGUUUUAUAGGAAAUGGUUGUCUGGGAGUGUGGCCUAUGCCAAUGCAUCCUGUGUUUAUCUCUCUCCUCCCCCAAACAAGGGGCAGAGAUUUCUUUCCAAAGGGGGAGGAGAGAGAUAGAGUCAUGGGAGUGAUGGCAUUGGCCAUGCUCCUGGACAGAGUUCUUUUUCCCUUGUUUGAGUGCAUGUUUGUAAUGUUAAAGUUGGUCUAAGCUAUUAUGGGAAAGAAGAAGUAAAGCUUUCGUGUAGAUUUUUAUAAAAGAUCUUCUGGGGAGAAAGUCCCUGUAACUAAUGUCGGUUUUAAAUGGUAAACAGGUCAUACUACUAAUACAGUACCCUUCAUGUUGACUGUUGGGACUUGGGAGCCCAAUUUGCUGAAUUGUACCAUCUCCUUUUCCAGGUUUCAACAACCUUUCGUUGCUUAGGGAGCCAUUGAUACUGAUAUCUGGUUCUUCUUCUUCCUCUUCCUUGCUUGCGUUAUAUAUAUGCAUGCUGAUAGCCUGAUAUUACAAUCUCUAAAUCAUCUGCUUCUUAUUUGGCGAAACUGCAGUGGGAUGAGGUCAAGCAGCAAUUCAGCUAGCCCAGUAGUCCAUGAUAAACUUGAAGCAUCAUUGCGUGACCUCUCCAGGACAGGGGAUGUUCAAACUUGUAAAGCAGCUGAUGGUUUGAAAGAGUUAGCAAAAGAGUUGAAGCCCUUGCUAGCAUUUUUGCAAUCUUCUCCUCAAGCUGCUCAGCUAUGGCCUAAGGUGGAGGAGCUGGUCACCAAGGAGAGGGAGAUGCAAGAAAAAGUGAUGCUGAAGCAUUCAACAGUGGUGGACAGUUAUGAAAAGAAAUCUAUGGGGAAAGAAAAUGAGAACAAGAUUGCCUCUCUCCAUCAGAAACUGGCAUCCUUGAAGCAGGAGGUAGAUGAACUGCUUGAGGUGUUGGACGAAAUCUGAUAGAAUAGGUAAAUUAAUCAGGUUAGAAGCCAGGAUUUUUUAUUGACCAUCUUUCUAAAUAUUUAAUUUAGGAAGCUUGAAUCAAAAUUUUGGUGUGAUAAUCGAGUAUACUGAUGGGCUACUCCAAUUUUAUUGUAGCCUCCAUGGAUCCCAAUCCGAUCCAGAUUGGAUGGAAUUGGCCAGAAUUAGCCGUUUUAUUCAGAAAUUAGGAUCAAGAGGAGGAUUACAGAUCUCCUUGGAUCUUUAGAUCA